GUGCACUUGAAGUCCGGUUCCGUUUUGAAUGCUUAAUUUAAGCAGGAAUUAAGGAUAGAAGGGUAAGGGCUAAAUAAAUAUGUGGUUUAACAACCUCAGAAAGUACUGGAGAGCACAAGAAGAUCACAUGAUUGUGAGUAGGAGUUACCACCUUAUUACUGUUGAGAACUUUCCUCCAUCGAGAUAAUUUCUCUCUAUGCCUACAUGGUAUGAGUAAUGUAAUGAACUGGACUUAACAGGAAAUACUGGGCUUGUCCUGAUAUGAAAUUGCAUGGUCCUUCCUCCUGGCACGCAAAAGAAAUUCUACUUUUCUCUCAAACCACACCCUUUAACAAGUAUGAGCAAGCAACAAUGAUGAAGCAAAGGAGAACAGGUUCCUCCCCUUCACCAGCGCAGCUGCUCUGGACGAGAUUAUUACUUAAACCUGACUCUAAGGGACAUUAAACACGACAGCUCCAGAACCUAGUCUUGUCAAUGACGAUGUAUGAAGUGAAAGCUUACUCUGGAUCUCGAGCAAGACUAUCCCACAAUAUAGGACUGAAACUGCUGACUUUGUGAGUCUGUGAAGAUCUGCUGUGAUACAAUCUUCUUAGGCCUGCAGAAGUUAUGGAUCUGACACUGUGGCAUUAUCAAUUCCGCAUCAUCAUGCUGGGGGACUCUACGGUGGGCAAGUCAUCCAUGCUGAAGCGCUACACGGAGAACCAGUUCCUGGAGUGUAUUAAUGAGACUGUUGGAGUGGAUUUCUAUGUGCAUUUCCUGGAGGUAGAGCCUGGUAUGAUGAUCAAACUCCAAUUCUGGGACACAGCUGGACAGGAGAGGUUCAGGUCAGUGACACGCUCCUACUACAGGAAUUCAGUUGGAGGUAUGCUGGUGUUCGACGUGGGGAAUCGUGCCUCGUUUGAGCAUGUGAGAGACUGGUACGCAGAAGUGUGCGAGCAUGUCAUGCCUAAUUCCAUGAUCUUUGCACUGGUGGGCCAUAAGAGCGACCGCGAGGUGGAAGGACAGCGCACUGUCACCAAAGAUGAGGCAGAGAAGCUGGCUUCUCAGCUCAGAAUACCAUAUGUGGAAGCCUCCUCAAAAACGGGCCAGAAUAUCCCAGAGUGCUUUGAGGUAUUGACACAGCGAGUGUACCAGGCCCUGCAGAGUGGAGAGGUGAAGAUGAGAGAUGGCUGGGAUGGGAUAAAGAGUUUAGCUGUACAAGAACAACAAUUGAAGCGUCUUCAAGGCAAUAAGGAGCAAAAAGAGAAAAAUGGUUGCUGUUAGCCCUUUAUAGACUGUCUGUUAAUUAUACUAUAAAGAGGCCGUGCAAUUAUUAAUGUGCAACUUCAAAAGAUUCCUCUAAGAGACUAGUCAAUAUGGUGACCUGAUGCGGAUACUUACUACUGUAAGUUGACCAUCAAGCUUUAUUCAUUAAGCACCUUAUUUCACCAGCUGGAACCUACAGUAUGAAAACUGUUGCUUUAAAUAUUACUUGCAGAAAGAAAAACCUCAUUUAACAAUGACCAUGUGGAACAAAGGUUCCCAUUUAAAAAAAAAAAAAAAAAAAACAGACAGAUUUUGUUGAAGGUUUACAAUUAUACCUGUGUCAUUUUAAUAUUACAUCAUGUUCAUCUGAUUUGCAGUUCUCAUUUAAUAUUAGAUGGUGAAAAAUACCUGUAAUGCAUCUUAGUGACAUUUUUAUUGAAUUUUGGAUUUAUUUUUGAAAAUUCUGGAACAAUACUGGAGAUUUUGAACCAUGAAAUAACACAUGUGGCAUUAAGUAAAUAAGAAACAACAACAACAGAAAUGAAGGUCAGCUUUCCUGGAAUAUGUCUUACAAUAAUUGUAUUGUCAGUGUGUGUGAUCACACAACACACACACACACACAACACAACCAGUCACUUGACAAUACAGUACUUGCCAGACCUAUUUCAGAAUAUAUAUAUAUAUAUAUAUAUAUAUAUAUAUAUAUAUACUACCCACACACACACACACAAUUUAAUGCUUUGGUUGUUGUUGAACCCUAAAAUUCCCAGGUCUUUUUUCCUGUAAUUUGUACUAUGACUGGGAUUAUCUCCAGACUCUGUCUUUUUAAUGCAUUAUAGGCAUUUUUGCAUUUCAUUUUUUUUUUGUAAGAAUGACACUUUGGGAUACGUAAUGUAAUGUACAUCAGACAAUAAAAUUUCCAAAAGACAAA